AUGCAUUUUGUGAGUCCUCUCGUGUUGGUGACUUUAUUUUUGUUGCUGAUUGAAGCUAAGUUCUACAGACCUCUCCAGUUUAACCAGUACAAAGCUGGGCCCACUCCAUACCAUGAGCAGGGGAAACCCACCAGCAGACACAAGAACCACUGCGCCUAUGUGGUUGAAAAGACGGUGUCCUUCACCGUGCAGGACGGGGCAGCUCCAUAUGUGAAGGCCGAGUACAACAAGUGUUCCUGGGGUCAAAAAUGUCCAACUCUCCAGUAUCGUCUGAUGUACAAACCGUUGUUCAAGGUGGCUCAUAAGACCGUCACAGAGCUGGAGUGGCGUUGCUGUCCUGGAUACUCCGGUUAUGGCUGCAUGGAGGGACAUCCGGUUUACCAACAGCCCAUGAAAAUGAUGCCACCGUUUAAGGGCCCACCAAUGAAAGGCCCACAGUACAAGGGACCACCAAUGAAAGGCCCGCAGUACACAGGUCCCAUGUCUAAGGGUCCUAUGUUCAAGGGUCCACCUAUUAACACCGUCAUGAAGGCUAACCCAUGGAGUCAGAAAGGGCCUCCCACCGGCAGCUUUAACUACCAAAUGCGGCAGUUUGGGCCUCCGAGGACCUCGUCCUACCCAGAAACCUCCUUCGAGCCAGAGUCCAUGCCAGAGCACCAAGGGCCAAAUCAACCAGAACACGAGGAACCACAUCACACAGAACACGAGGAGCCAUAUCACACAGAACACGAGGAGCCAUAUCACACAGAACAUGAGGAGCCACAUCAUACUGAGCACACCCAAGAACACGGUCAGGAACAUGAGCUUGGCAGACCUGAGGAUCACAUCGCAGAAGAAGUCCCUGCUCCUCCCUCUGGGGGUGAACAGCCUGAAGGCCCGGCUGUAGACAGCGAGACCGAGGAGCGAAUAUAUCGGAUGGAGGAGGAUGUGCAGCGUCUAGACCAGGGCCUGAAGACCCUGAGCGGGACUGUGAAUGGACUGGAAGAAAGUCUCCGAGCCUCGCUGAGAGAGGACGCCAACAGGAUGCUGUCGGCUCUGCUCUCCGCUGCCCCCGGUCCAGCUGGCGCCUCCGGUCCGUCCACUGUCGGGUUUGUAGAGAUUCCUUUGGGAGGGCCUGAAGCAGAGGGUCUGGAUGGCAAAACGGUGUUUCCAGGGCUGACAGAGCUGAACGGGAGGGUGGAUGAACUGAGGACGGCACUGCAGGCCAAGACAUUAGAGCUGCAGGAACUCAAAGCAACUGUGACAGGACAUGACGGAGCCCUGAAGAAGAUGUCAGCAGGAGUUAUAUCAGACUCCACUCCCAGUCUUGACGGAGGUCCGCAGAUAGCUAUAGAGAACCUGAUGGAUGGCAAACUGAGUGAAGCCAGGUCGGAAAUUCUUGGAGGAUUUGAGAUACGUGUGAAGAGCGCAGAGGACCGAUGAGAGAAAGCUGGGGAUCUGCGUCGUCAGUGCCAGAGGGAGCAGAGCGAGAGGCAGGAGCAGAUGGAGGACGCUCUGGAGGGAAGCAACACAGACCUGAGGUCAGAGCUCAGAAACCUCCACACGCAGAUCCAAGGUCUGAAGGCUUCAGGGAACUGCUCCAGUAGAGUGGGUGGGCUGGUUGAACGGGUGCAGAGCCUGGAAACAUCAGUGGCAGGCCUCAACCAGUCCCAGGGGCACCUGAGGGUGGAGCUGGGCGGACACAAAGACCACAUAGAGGGGAUGCUGGAGGGGCGUCUGGGGUAUGUGGAGGCCAAGCUCAAUGUGACCGGGCAGCUUAAAAACAACAGUUCUGCAAGGAGUGUGUUCCCUGACGCAGGAAAGGGUGUGGAGGCCAGGAUGGAGGGUAAGCUGCUGGCUCUGGAGGGCCGUUUAGUGAUGGCGUUAGAGGAGCUGGGUAACACCACGUCCCCCGCACAGCUGGAGGGUCAUGCUGUUCCUACUCUGGAGACGGAGAUGGACUCCAUCAGAGAGAGACUGGAAGUGGAUGUGGACAGACUGCAGAGGCAACUGAGCAGCCUUGAGAUUCGCUGCACCUCUUCCUCUACUAAAACACCGUCUGGCAUCCAAGGAGACUCUGCCUCCAAUCUAUCAGAGGAGCAGAACGUGAAGGAGGCACUGGACAUGCAAGGAGACCGUUUAAAGAGGCUCAACGUCACCCUGCAGACCGUCCUGAAGCGUCUGCACCAGCAGGAACAAGCAGAGGGAGAUUAUCCUGUCCAGGGGGAGCUCACAAUCCUCAAGUUCAAUGUGCGCUCAGUCAACCACACCCUCAAAGACCUCCAGGACACUCUGGGGACAGUCGUCCAUCAGGUGGGACAAGCCAACAGCUCCUGGCAACAGAGCGAAGCGAGUCUGGCCAAGCAGAUAAAGGGCGUGGUGCAGCUGGUCGGACAUCAGGCCUCCAUGCUCGGUGCAGGCGAGCGCAGACUGACCCGGGUUAAAGGGGAGCUGCAGGGGAUGAGGAGGCGGCUGGCUGAGGAGGUGCGGGGCUGCCGGAGCACAGCGAUGGGGGUCAGGAAAGAGGUGACGGAGGUCGGAGGACGCGUUGCCAGUGUGGAGGACCAGUGUAAGGGCCUGAAUUACCUGGCAGAGGACCUAGAGAGGAUCAGGGAGGAGCUGGAGAAACAGUCGAGCGGUCUACUGGUGCAAGUCAACGGGACGCUCUCCAGCCACGCUCAGCAGCUGUUGGAGCUCAGGGGGGAAGUCAGAAACUGCACCGCCCAGCUGGAGCCAAUGCAACACAGGUCAGAGCCGGAGCUGGUGCGAGGAGACACCUUCGCUUUGAAUUAGCUCAGUUCAUGCGGACAAUAUGCUUCAAAAUGAAUGAAAAAGGGGAAAAUACUCUGCAGGUGUAGUGGGGGUCCACUAAAACUCCUUCAUUUGAAUUGUAAAAUACAAAGGUUUUGAACCUGCACUGAAAUGAGGACGGUUUUAGUUGAUCACAGAAUGAAAUAAAGACAGAAAUGGCAGCUGCACUAACAACACAACAUCGUGGUGGAUCACAAAGGUGCUAGACUUACCUCUCGUGUUGCUGUUCUGUUUGUUUGUAUGACCGGUUGUUUACAUGUUUAGGUUUUUGUAUUGAUUUUUCUUUGUAUACACGAUAUUAUGUUUUUAUAUGGUUUCAGUUCUUGAGUAUUCUUUUCUAUUCUGAUUGUAAUUCUGCACCAAAUGUUGGUUUAAUG